AUGGAUGAUCGUCGUGAGGACUUGACGUCGAGGGUUCUCCCGACAAUAACCCUAGACGCUGGGACACUUCCAGCUCUGCAGCCACCCAAUAUAUAUCACCCUCGUGCCGAUCCGAAUCCGACUGUCGAACUGUUCAGAGUUCAUGGUGUCGCCAUCAUCGCCGGUAGAGCAGGCGAUUUGGCCACCACGGUUAUUCAAGCUCUGGCCGAGCACGGUGUCAGCACGUUCGCCAUCUUCGAUGUUGUUCGGCCAGAAGAUGUCAAAGUGGACGUCACCAACGCCAACGCCGUAAAGACCUCAGUGUAUGAUGUCAGCGAGGGCCUUGGUAUCAUCAGCCUCCUGGUCAACUUUGUUGAGGUGGUUUGUUGUGAGCACGCAAUGGAACACUCACUUGAUUCCUGGCGGCGAACCACAGACGUCUACACCACUGGCUCGUUCAUAAUUGCGCAGGCGGCCGCUCAAGAAAUGGCAGAGAACAAGUGGGGUGGAAGCAUCAUCCUGGUGGCGAGCAUAUCGGGAAGUCGCGUCAACUUUCCUCAAACUCAGGCGGCGUACAACGCUUCCAAGGCAGCUGUCAUCAUGAUGAAGAACUACCUCGCCGUGGAGUGGCCUCAGCAUGGCAUCAGAGUCAACAACAUCAGCCCUGGGUACAUGAACACCAUUCUCAACGAAAUAAAGGGUUUGGAAAAGGCCAGAAAAGCGUGGGUUAGCCGAAACCCAAUGGGAAGGAUUGGGGAGCGCGAGGAGCUGUGUGGUGCCAUGGUUCUUCCUGCCAGUCGAGCGGGAAGCUACAUCACUGGGGCGGAUAUUGUUGUGGACGGUGGCCAGUCUCUUUAG